CCAUGCAGCAUACAGUUCAGGUGUGGUUUGGAGAUGAUCCACCUAUCAGUCCACGAAGUCCUCUGACUCCAAGGCACGGCCCUGGCUUGGCUGAUGUUUUACUAUAUGACCAAUGGAUAUCUGUCCGACAUGAGGCAACUCUAAUUCCUAUGCAAGAGGAUCUGGCGAUCUGGCUAUCUGGCUUGUUGGAUAUCGAACUUAAAGCAGAGAGUUUAUUGGAGGAACUUGAUAAUGGGGUACUGCUGUGCAUUUUGAUUGGAGUCAUUCAAAGCAUGGUUAAAAAAUCUUGUAACUCAAAUGAUUUAAAGAAUUUCCCUUUGAGAAAAGUUCCCUGUAAAAAAGAUGCUCCUUCAGGAUCUUUCUUUGCCAGAGAUAACACAGCAAACUUUCUGAAUUGGUGUCGUUGCAUUGGAGUGGAUGAGACAUACCUCUUUGAAUCUGAAGGCUUAGUUCUGCAUAAAGACCCAAGACAAGUGUACCUUUGCUUACUGGAAAUUGGUCGCAUUGUAUCAAGAUACGGAGUUGAACCGCCAGUAUUAGUAAAGCUAGAGAAAGAAAUUGAAUUGGAAGAAACUUUGUUGAUGGCCUCUGAUAGUGUAGGCCCUGUCAUUUCCUACAAAUCAUGCUGUCAGCAUGAAGAAUUACAUGAAGCAGUUAAGCAUAUUGCUGAAGAUCCUCCUUGUAGCUGCUCUCAUAGAUUUUCAAUUGAGUAUUUGUCUGAAGGACGCUAUAGAUUGGGAGACAAAAUACUAUUUAUACGAAUGUUACAUGGCAAACAUGUAAUGGUACGUGUUGGUGGAGGCUGGGAUACCCUUCAAGGUUUUCUUCUCAAGUAUGAUCCUUGCCGAGUGCUUCAGUUUGCAACGUUGGAACAAAAGAUUUUGUCAUUUCAAAAAGGGGCAUCUGGUGAUACAGUUCCUGAUUCAUCUGCUAAAGCUCCACAGCCUCCGCUCAUGAAUCCCAUAUCUGCCAUUGAUUCAUACCAUAAACAGAGUUCAAAGCUCUCUACUGCUGUUUCAGUUUCAAAAAGUCCUCAUGUAGGUAAUAAGAAACAGGCAGCAGUUAAGUUGCCACAACAAACUGUUCUUUCUUCUUCAGGAGCAGUAAUGCAUAACUCACCUACAAGCCAGUUCACACAGAGCCACCCCAAAUUGAAAGCCUCUUCAGUAAAUAACAUUCAGCCAUUUUCCAAAUCAUCCAAAGCAGUUUCAAAACAGUCAGCACCACCUUCCCAUAACCCUACGUCUGUUUCAAAAUAUAGACAAACUGUAAAUGAAUGCUCAUCGGCUCAGGGGAGAACUGCUUUGACUGCUUCAGAAUCACUUCAGAAAUGUACUAUAUCAUCAACCAAACCUGCAUGUUCCCAGAAUUCUCCAACUGUACGACAUCCUGCUCUAGGUUGUUCAGCCAGUAAACUUUCUGUGUUGCCUGAAGCAGCUGAAAGGGUGGGCUUUCUAGAGGAGCAUCAUUCUCCCAAUAGCACAGCUGGGCUCAAAAAUACGACCAAACGUAAGCCUCUUUCAAAAACCUUAGCAAAAUCUGCAAAGACAAUUAACAGAAACAUACAUGUGUCUAAGCCUUCUUGCUCUCAAACAUCAUCUGCAAUGCCAGCAAAAAUAAUUUCCCAAAGUAGCAGUCAAACAUUACCUACGCAGUUUUCCUCGCACAGAGGGAAAUUGGAAGCUAAGCAAGCCAAACAGAUUACUGCUCCUAGCCUCAAACAGCUGAGUUCUAAUUCCUCUCUUACAAAUGAUAAAUUCAGUGAGCAGACAUCUACAUCAGAUGUAAAGAGUAAAAAUUCAUUUCCAUCUAUUAAUAAUCAUUCUUCAGCCAAGAAGAGAGUGGUCCAAAAUAGCAGGAUGAAAACACAGGUAACAGCUGAUGUAUCAACACAUUCUGAUCGCAUGCCAUUGUCUGUUGUACGUCUUCCUCAAACAUCAGCCAUAAAUGGGACAAGGAAAAAGACAGUGAAGGCUAACAUCAAAAGUCAGGCACAGGUCAGAGUCUUCCAGAAGAAUGAUAAAGACCCUGAUUCAACCACUAAGAAUCCUGUUUUAAAAGGAAUAUCUGCAACUGUUCUAACUAAAGAGACACCGAUUGGGUUAAAGGAUCCCACAGUAAAGUCAGAACAAGACAAUGAUUACUUUGUUGUGACUGGGAAUAAGAAACUCAGAAAGUGAAGUACCCGAAACUUUAAUUGUUAUUGCAAUGUGUUUUUCUAAUAGCUACUUUAUACUAGUGAACUUAACAUUAAAUAACAAUACAAUAAUUUGAAUGCUAACUCUGCUUUGGAACAGUGAAGUUUAAACGGUUUCCUAGUCCCCACAAGUGCAAUAGUUGACUGAUUACAAAAAGGCACUUUAUCAUUUGCAUUAUAAAUAUUUUGGCGUCUAUUGCCCACGUUAAUGUUGAGAUGAUAAGGAUGCUCCCAAUAGAUUACUUAUUGCUCAGUUUCAUGUGACAAAUAUUUCUUAAUGAAUCAUAUGGACAAGGUGGCAUUUACCAUCUCCAAGGAAAACUAUAGCAUAGUAAAUUGCCUGUAUUAUUAGGCAUGUGUGCCAGGAAAAUUUGAUAUCUCCUGAUCAUAUCUGCAGAUAAAAUCAUGUGUUGACUCUA